AUGAUUAAUAGAAAAAUAUAAGAAAUUUAAAAUUUUUUGGAUAUGAAUAUGGGACUCAUAAUUUAUAAAUAUGCUUAUUUCCCUUCCAUAGUAAUGGAUUGCCUGCUCCUUGAUAAGAAUUAAUAAGAAAAUCCACAUAGGGUAGUAUAUUAUCAAUAUUAAGAUUUUGGACUAAGUAAAGUGGAAAUUUAUUUUUGAUGAAAUCCUUUAAAAACUCUUAGCUCUCUUUAUUUGCUAAGCAGGCCUUUCUUAAAUCUUUAAUAGUGAAGGCUUUAUAUUUUUUAAUUAGAUUGCCUUUCUUCUUCAAAUUUUGAAAAUCGAUUAGGUAAUCUUAAUUCUUAUUUAUUUUAAGAUAGUGUAGUAAACACAUACCCAGCUAUGUAGGAUAGUUUUUUCUUUUUAAAUUUAAAGUUCCAUAUUUUUUAAUUGACUUUGACUUUGAAACCUUUCGAUUAUGUUCCAUACAUGACUAAGCAUUACAGGCAUACUAAGAACCACAGGAUUACUUAGGAGUCUUUUAUUGAUGUUUCCUAAAUGAAUAAUUGGUAAAGUCUUACACUAUUAUUUAUGACUCUUCAAGACACUGAUUUUGAAUCUAAUCAUCAAUAUUUUUUCUCAGAUUUAUGUUCUCUUAAGCUUAGCUCUAUUAGAUUGAGUCAUAAUAACUAUUGUUAUCAAAAUUUCUAAAGUGACCU